GUCUCCCCUCCAAGUAGUCGCUAUUUAUGUCGUUGUGGGCGAAAAUGGCGAGUGGCAACUGAAUUUAGAUUAAUUUAUGCGGCACAUGUGGAUUGUUUCUUUGUUUUUUUGUAAUAAUAACAACCUGCGCGUUUUGGGUGGUGCGUCAAAGCGCGCGGCGCGCAGCAGAUCAAGCGAAAGACACAUGAAGGACCAGAUUUAAAACUACACUUUCAACACUUGCGAUGCAUCUGUGAAAGUUUCCUAGAUCCGAAUUGCUGUGGUUCGGACCUGGGAGGAGACUUUUAAUGGAUUUUUUAUGUGGGACCCGCUAGGAUGGACGUGGUAGAUGAAACUGAAGCUUUACAGAGAUUUUUUGAAGGCCAUGAUAUUACCAGUUCUCUGGAGCCAGCCAACAUCGACACCAGUAUCCUGGAAGAGUACAUCAGCAAGGAGGACGAUAGCACUGACAUCUGCUUCUCAGAGGUCCACAGCACCCCGGGACCAAAUUACUCAUCUCCCCAAGCAGGAGUGUCUUCCUCAGGGGGGUUGGUGUGUGGCGUGAGCCCUCCUAUUCCCCUUCGCCAGGGAGCCCCUCCGCCCGGGCCUCUUAACUGUCCAAACGCGUACCCUCCAGGUCCGUCCCUGGGCCUCCGACACAGCUACCCCUGCCUGGGUCAGCAGCAGCAGCACCAGCAGCACCAGCAGCACCAGCAGCCGACUCACAUAAAGCCUGAGCACAGAGGCCACUACGCCCCUGGGACUCUACCUGAGUCUCCCCCAGACUCAAGCUCAGAGCCGUACUCUCCUCAGCAGGUGAAUGAUCCCAACAUGAUAAGGACCAUGACGCCGGAAAACAUGUGUCACAUGACCCCGACGCCACCCCUUCCACCGCACGGGCACUAUCCCAGCAUGCACCGGGACAUGUACCUGAAGCCCGAGCCAAUAAUAUCGCAGUAUCCCAUCGGCCCGGUCACGAGUGCGGGCGGAGACCUGCAGCAGACACAGAUGCUCCACCAGCUGCUGCAGCACCCGCAGGGCCAGGACGGAAUUCCUGUCCACCAGGCCAAAAAGAGGAAGCACUGUGAAUCACCCAACAGCACCCUCAAUUCCCAAAUCCUCACAGGUAUCAUCAAACAAGAACCAGGUUUGAUGCAGGAUGCGGACAACGGCUACUUGGAUCCCAACUAUCAGUGCAUCAAGUGGCAACCUCACCAGCAGAACAAGUGGACGCCACUUUACGACGCUAACUGCAAAGAGCUUCCCAUGCCAACCUACCGCGUCGACGCUGACAAAGGCUUCAACUUCUCCCUGGCCGACGAUGCGUUCGUGUGCCAGAAGAAGAACCACUUCCAGGUGACGGUGUACGUGGGGAUGCUGGGGGACCCCAAGUAUGUCAAGACCAGCGAAGGCCUGCAGCCCAUCGAUUGUUUCUAUCUCAAACUCAACGGAGUAAAAGUGGAGGCCAUGAACCAGUCCAUCAGUGUGGAGCAGUCGCAGUCGGACCGCAGCAAGAGGCCUUUCAAGCCUGUUUUGGUCACGUUGCCCCCGGAGCAGGUCACAAAGGUCACGGUGGGGCGGCUCCACUUCAGUGAAACCACAGCAAACAACAUGAGAAAGAAGGGCAAACCAAACCCUGACCAGAGGUAUUUCAUGCUGGUGGUGGCGCUGCACGCUCAGUCCCACAGUCAGACCUACACUGUGGCUGCUCAGGUGUCUGAGAGGAUCAUCGUCAGGGUAACGUCCAGCCAUGCAUCCAACCCGGGCCAGUUUGAAAGUGACAACGAGGUGCUGUGGCAGCGAGGCCAAUUGCCCGACUCGGUGUACCACCACGGGAGGGUCGGCGUCAACACGGACCGGCCCGACGAGGCCCUCGUUGUCCAUGGCAACGUCAAAAUUAUGGGCUCCCUGGUGCAUCCGUCGGAUAUCCGAGCCAAAGAGAACGUGCAAGAGGUGGACACCACAGACAAUUUGAAGCGCAUUUCCCAGAUGAGGCUGGUCCAUUAUCAAUACAAGCCCGAGUUUGCUGCCACCGUCGGUAUAGAAACCACAGCAGAGACCGGUGUGAUCGCUCAGGAGGUCCAGCAAAUCUUACCAGAAGCGGUCAAGGAGGGCGGAGAUGUGGUGUGCGCCAACGGCGAAACCAUUCCCAACCUCUUAGUUGUCAACAAGGAUCGUAUCUUCAUGGAGAACGUGGGCGCGGUGAAGGAGCUGUGCAAGCUGACAGACAACCUGGAGACUCGGAUAGACGAACUGGAGCGCUGGAGCCGCAAACUGGCCAAGCUGCGCCGCUUUGACAGCAUGAAGAGCACCGUGAGUGGAGGCACUGUCAGCCAGUCUGGAAGUUAUUUUAGCAGAACAGGAAGCGGUCCACUUAAGAAGAAGACCACAGUCAAACCUGGGAGCAAGAGCUCACUUCCAGACCAAGGCUGCAUCAGUCAUAGGUUCAUGCAAGGCACCAUCCUGGCCCUCGUCAUCGUCAUGGCUUUCAGUGUCAUUUCCAUGUCCAUUCUUUAUGUACUGACUCUUCAUCAUAGAGGAGAUGUCACAGAGAAAGAUGGUGUCUCUGUUGUUUACCCAUGUGGUCUCUACAUGUCUUGGAUGCCCUUCUUCACUGCCACUGUUACUUUCUGUCCACCUGCAUGUUCAUGGUCCAGAGCUGCGCUAGGAUCCUCACGCCAGAGUCCAUUUGUUCCACAGCCCACGACUCCUGCGCCAGCCUGCUGCCCAACCACAGCCUUGACUAACCAAUCAUCUACAAUUGUGACAUUAAAUAACAACCAAUCUACAUCAGACAACCUGGCCCCCACACCAGGUACCAUUAAUAAGAAGGCCAAGUCCAGAAUCAUGGACAAGGACGGACGCAACAGAAACCGCCUCAGUCACACGUCCGCUCCACUGCACUUUGCCAAGUCCAAAAGGCCCACGUCGACAGACCAGGACGGGGCAGCAACACCCAAUCGUCUCCCAGGUGGUCAGCAGCCAACACCACGCAGACAGAGGAGUCUAUAUUCAAAUGGAGGAAGAUCAACUCCAUCCCUGGCUAGUCUUCAUAUUGUGGAGACGGAGCAAGAACUUUCCACACAACAUUGCAAACUCUCCAGGAGCUGCAGCUACACAAUUUCUCUCAAGGGAAAGACUAAUUCCUCGCUCUCACAACUCACUUUGCACAUGACGUCCACAGAUAUCGUGUGGGUCCAACAAUGUGGAGUCAUCAAAGGACACCUAUGUCCGAAUCACACUGAAACAGAACUGUAUGGUGGACAAAGCACGUCAACAAAGGGGACUCAUCACUUGUGGUCAUUGCCUCUGCUGUCCUUCCAGGACAUCACCUACCACUUCCGUGUCUCCUCUAAUGAAAAAAGUUGCACCGCCGAGGAAGAAACGUCCUACUCCGACUACCACUUAGUCAUGGAAAGCAGCUGCAAGUGAGAAGAGUGCCUCCUCCCCAGUUUUGUGCCUUUACAGCCAGCCAUCAUCGUCGCCUUCAGGCUCGAUGUGCGUUUGAAGCAUUAGGUGUGAUUAUUGUAAAUUAUUUUCAAAGUAAGUCAUGUAAAAAACGAUAUGCUAUCUUUAAGACAUCUCUUUUUGCUGUGGUCCACACUGUUGUUUGUCACUGAACGUUUUUUUGUUUUUUUUUGUUUUUUAUUACUGUAACUGUUUUGCAUCACAGCUGAAUGCCAUUGUGAAAUAAUGUUUGUAAGUUGACCGAUCAUACUACAAACCCCGUUUCCAUAUGAGUUGGGAAAUUGUGUUGGAUGUAAAUAUAAACGUAAUACAAUGAUUUGCAAAUCAUU